AUGACCGACGAAGAGGAAACGGAAGAGAUUAACAAAGAGAUCGAGGACACGGAUACGGAAAAAGACUUCGGAUUCGGAAAUGAGCUUCUUAAGGACUUUAAAAGAAGACGGACCAUCGGCAACUAUAUCGGUAACCUUUUACCGAUCAGACUAUUAACCAAGUACAGCACGCUUGCGUACGGCAUUCUAAGCGCUUUUAACGACGAUAGCGAUGACUUCUUUAAGUUAAGAGUAGCAGACCUUCACUUAAGAGCGAAGGAAUUGGCUUUGUUUGCAAGAAGCUUUUUUAAAGAACUAAAUCGAUACGGUUUGACUUCCGACGAUUACUUAGCGGCGUUCUUUAUUAUGCUUACGAAGGAGGCUAUUAUAUUUUACUACAAUUACGUUAUUAAGGCUAGGCUUCCGAUAUUCAAGGCAAACGCUAUUACGGUAAAGGAUCACUUCGAAACUGAUUAUCGACGGCAAGAGAAUCCAAGGACUUCGUUUAGCGAGUGCUUUAAGAAGCUCGCUAAAGAGCUCAAGGGUAUUCAAGGCUCUUUACGACCAGGUUUAAAAGACGAUCGAAGUCUUGCUGACAAGCUGUAUUUAGCUUGUAAAAACGUGCUAAAGACUACGAUUGCACGAAUGAAUCUUGCUUUUACCUUUACCGCGGCAGUUGCUGAUAUUCGUCGAGCAAUUGCUUUUACAACUAAGACCUUUCGACCUCUCGCUAAAGCUAGAGCUUACGCGAGCUCUAGCGAGCUAUACGAUCACACUUGCUCUUAG